AUGCUUAGACUAGACCCGGUUAUCCACCCAGACACAAAAAACAAGCGGUUCAAGUUUGAAGACUUUCUCCGUAAGGAGUUCUCCUUCGGUCUAGAUCCUGACAGACCCGUCUGCCAGUUCUACAAGCCCAAUCAGCCAGACUCUUGCCCCGAGGGUCCCUUCUGUCCAAACAAGCAUGUUCCAUCAAUGUACAAUAACAAGAUCGUGUGUAAGCACUGGCUCCGUGGCCUCUGCAAGAAAAACGACCACUGUGAGUUUCUCCACGAAUACAACUUGAGAAAGAUGCCCGAGUGUCUCUUCUACUCGAAGAACGGCUUCUGCACUCAGACGGCUGAGUGUUUAUAUUUGCAUAUCGAUCCCCAGCAAAAAAUUCCUGAAUGCCCACUUUACGAGCAAGGUUUCUGUCCCGAUGGUCCGGAUUGCCCCAAUAGACAUGUCAGAAAGAUCCUCUGUCCCCAUUAUGUGACUGGAUUCUGCCCCAAGGGCUAUGAAUGUGAUUACAGUCAUCCAAGAUACGACCCUAAUGUGGCGAGAGAAAGUAAGGUGAAGAAGUUGGUCAAGGGCGAGACGAGAGAAAUCGAAAAGAUCUCGUAUGACCAGCCGCUCACGGACGUUGUAAGACCUCCCCCUCCCCCACCACCUCCCCAGGCAACCUAG